AUGCGCAAAAUAUCUAAAAGUCGCACAGAUGACGAUGUAGUGUCUUCCACGAAUGGAUCUGUUGUAAACGAAGAACAUUCCACCGACGCGGAACGCCAAGCUGACCCAGAUGAAAAAGAGCCGGAAUCGGAAUCAACCGAUAAUGUCGAAAUAAAUGAGAAUGUUUCUACAAGUACCAUCAAAGAAUCUUCCAAGAAGGGUAAAGCAAAGAAUAAGACUAAAAAAAAGAAGUCCGAGAAAAAGAAUAUGACAGAAGAGGAAUAUGAGGUCGAAAAAAUUGUGGAUUCCAGAAGAAUUAAAGGUAAAAUGAUUUACCUCAUACGUUGGAAGGGAUAUUCAGCUGACAAUGAUACUUGGGAACCAGAAAAUACUAUAUACUGUCCUGAGCUAAUCAAAAAGUAUAAUGAUGAGAAAGAGAAUUCCAAAACUAAAGAAAGUAAGGCUGAAAAAAAGAAUAACAAAAGGAAAGCUAAAAAAACUCCGAAGACACCUGCUAAGCGUACCAAAUAUGACUGGGAUGAUAGCAAUGCUGAUGAAAAUGCAGAGUAUGAGGUAGAUCGUAUAUUAGAAGUUCGUCACAAGAAAAAUGGACAACGAGAAUUUUUUAUACACUGGAAAGGAUGGUCUAGCAAAUUCGAUUCUUGGGAGCCAGAAGACAACUUAAAUUGCCCUGAGUUGAUAAAAAAAUUUAUGGAAAAGGUCUCCAAAGCACGAUCUGUUGAUUCUCGGAACUUGAGAGUGGCUCCAGAAACUACAAACCGCUUUACAUUACAAGACCCUUCGUCUGGGCGCAGAUUGAGCAAAAGGCAGGGACAGCGUCAGAGGUGAGUUCAAGUUAAAUA